AUGCCAACAUUGUCUCGAAGUUUCUUAAAGGGCCAACGUGCCGUCAUCACAGGCGGAUCCACGGGAAUCGGAUCGGCAUUGGCAACCGAAAUCUCUUCAUUGGGGGGUCUAGUGACCAUCCUGUCAAGAAACCAAGCUAGACUCGAGACAAAAGUGCAAGAGUUGAAUAGGGAAUUCCCCAAUGAGGAGGGGAAACACGACUUUGUAGUUUACGACUUGAAGAAUCCACAUAAUCUCCCACAGACUCUCCAAGAUAUGCAAACUUUCCAAGAGGCCACCAUACUGAUCAACUGUGCAGGUCUCUCUCAAGCCAGAAUGCUAAUGAACACCCCGCUCACAGAGAUACAAGACAUUGUCAACGUCAACCUGGUGUCUCCGAUUAUCCUAUGCAAGUUCUUCCUCAAACAUGCAGUGAGAUCUCGGCCAUCUUUGGGAAAUAGUACAUCACUCAACCGCAGUAUUAUCAACAUCUCAUCUGUGGUCUCUCAAGACGACAUCAAUUUACCAGGGAGCAGUGUCUACACGGCAUCCAAGGGGGCACUCACCAGGUUCACGCACGUUCUUAGGGAGGAACAACAACUAAUUGAGAAGCGGCGCCCCACUGGCCCACAUAUUGGUGUCCACGUACUCAAUCUAGGACUUGUUCCAGAGACAGCCAUUGGCUCUACUGUGAAACAUGACAAUCCCUUAUUCCCCACAACAAGCCCCACCGAAAUUUGUAGCCGCGUGGCGCAGCUGCUGCAGGAAGACUUUUCGUAUCGCCGCACGUGA